CGGCGGCGGCCCGCACCCACACCCGCACCCACUCCCACGCCGCCUCCCGCGGGCGGCGGCAACAAAGGCCCUUCCCCGCCCCCGCCGCCGCCUCCCGCCGCCGCUGCAGCCGCCGCCGCCGCCCGCCGUCCUUGCGGCAGGAAGAUGCCCGGGGAGGUGCCGCCGCCGGCGCCCCGGGGGCUGCGGAGCCUCGCCGCGCUGCUGCUGCUGCUGCUGCUGCUGCUGAGCGCCCGCACCGCGCGGGCUCAGCGCUGGCGCAAUGAGAACUACGAGAGGCCUGUGGACCUGGAGGGCUCUGGGGACGAUGACCCCUUUGGGGACGAUGAACUGGACGAAGUCUACUCGGGCUCUGGCUCAGGGUAUUUUGAGCAGGAGUCAGGGCUCGAGACGGCGGUGACCCUCAUCACGGACACGUCCAUCACGCUCCCCACCACGGCAGCCAUGCUGCCCAUCACCUUGGUGCAGCCCGUGGCAACCCCCUUUCAACCAUUCCCUGCUGAGGACACCACCCCCGAGCAGACAACCAGCACCUUGUAUAUCCCCAGGAUGACAGAGACACCAGUGAUCCCCAGCUGGAAAGCAACCACCACCAGUACCACUGCCAGCGAAUCUCCUUCCACCACGACCACAACCACAACCACAACCACCACGGCUACCACCACCACCACCACCCCAGCCACGACCACCACCAGCACCACUAUGGCCACUGCCAAGCCCACCACCGUCCGGCGGUUCCUGCUUCCCUUCGUCACCAAGGCAGCCACCACCCGGGCCACCACCCUGGAGACACCCACCACCUCCAUCCUUGAAACCAGCACACCAACAGAGGUGGCCACGUCACGGCUUGUCCCCACCAGCACGGCCAAGCCCAGGUCCCUGCCAAAACCAAGCACCUCCAGGACUGCAGACCUCACAGAAAAAAGCACUGCCUUGCCAUCCAGUCCUGCCACGCUGCCGCCCACAGAAGCCCCCCAGAUGGAGCCAGGGGAGGUGACGACAGUCCUCGACAACGAGCUGGAGGUCCCGGUGAGCAGCGGCCCCAGCGGGGACUUUGAGAUCCGGGAGGAGGAAGAGACAACUCGUCCCGAGCUCGGUAAUGAGGUGAUGGCCGUGGUGACGCUGCCCUCGGGACCGGGGCUGGGCAAGAACGCAGAGCCAGGGCUGAUCGACAACACGAUAGACUCCGGGAACUCGGCCGCGCAGCUCCCUCAGAAAAACAUCCUGGAGAGGAAAGAAGUGUUGAUAGCGGUGAUCGUGGGCGGCGUGGUGGGAGCCCUCUUCGCUGCCUUCCUGGUCAUGCUGCUCAUCUACCGGAUGAAGAAGAAGGACGAAGGCAGUUACACGCUGGAGGAGCCCAAGCAAGCCAAUGUGACCUACCAGAAGCCUGACAAGCAGGAGGAGUUUUAUGCGUAGAAGGAGAGUCCGGCGUGCCUCACGCUCCCUCCCUCCCGCUCCAAACUCUCCCUCCUCCUCUACUUCAUCCAGUCUCUCUCUUUCUCUCUCUCUAUCGCUCUUUUUUUGAUCAGACUGUGAAUUUAAAAAGCAAAACCCGCAACAACUAAAGGAACAAAACACAUCUUCGGCAUGAUGAAAAAAUCAAGUGCCCAGAGCGUUGCCGAGGUCAGACCGAGUACCGCUGGCCUUUCUGCAGCGGAGGGACAGGUCAAGGAGCCAACGCCAAGGAAGCUGUGGCCGGAGAGCGCCCCGGCGAGCAUGGGAUGGGAUGGUUGGGCUGCUGAGGCGGCUGGAGGUCACUGGGCUUUUCCCACAACAGACUCUGGGAUCUGGACACCUUCUACCAGCCCUGGGGCACAGGGGGGUUGGUUUGGAUUUAUCUUCCUUUUUUUUUUUUUUUUCCCUUUGGAGUGGAGGGAGAUCUUUUUCCCUCUCUCUUGUUGUUAUUUUUUAUUUUGUUUUUGAAUGGGGUUGGUUGCUUUGCAGGAAUUGCCUUGCUCCCUGCUUCUGUUUGAAGAGAGGACGCGACUCUCAACUACGCUUCGAACCUUGACAAAAGCACAAGGGGCUGGAAUACCUGAUGCCCCGGGGUUUGCUCUUGGAGUGGGGAAAAAUAAAUAAAUACAAACAUGGCCAGUACGCUGGAAAUGAUCUCUUUAGAGCACCUUUUUGGAGAGUUCGUGGAGCAGCAAGAAGCCACAUUGGGGUAUCUCGUGCUGCUCCCCUCCUGCCACCACCUCACUUCACUGCAUCGCUGUGCACAGCCAGAGACCUUAAAUCUAUAGAAGCCGCACGGCACCAGCCGCUGACGGGUUCGGUUGAGAAGGGACCUUGCUUUUGCUGGGUUUUCACUGUGACCAAUAAAACUCAGCCUGCGCAGUAUGACCGACAGCACUGGUUUUAAAACAGAGCGGGAUGUUGCGUGGUGGGAAGUUGGCAGGGAGAGGAUUUGGAAAUGGAGAAGCUAAAUCCUCCCCCCAGUUCCUCCAGAGGGGGAUAACAAAGCUCUACGUGGCCUGAGACAGCAGCAUAAGAAAAGAAAUGCAAAAGAGAGGCAAUGCUCUGUCCCCUCAGGGGCCGGGCAAGGGGUCCCUGCCUGGCCACUGGCGCCCAGAAGGUGAGGAGGGUGGCUUUCCACCAGUCAGCCCCAGGGCAGGUCAGCUGCUACUUCUCUUUUGUAAGACCCAGGACUGAUGGUUCGUGUUUCUUUUGUUGUUGCUUAAUUUCCAGUAUAACCCACAGGCCCGUGGAUCAGCUCUGGACACCCAGGAACCUGAGAGAGAAAGAUCCUGGAAGCCAUCAUCACCCAAGUGCAGUGGUUUCCCUUCUGAGGCUACCUAAGGUGCAGAGCAGCAGGGCCUGAUCCAGAGCCAAACUGUGCCUUCUAGAAAGGCUAGAGUUUUUUGGAGCAAGCUCUCUGCACAGAAAAGUCAAUUAUAGCUUUUAAUUAGCUGAAGCGCUGUUUGCAAUGCAGUCAAGGGGCUUUGUUUUUGUGAUGGUUGCGAGCUCGAUGGUGUCCCAUGGAGACCUUGGCUUUGCUCUUAGAGCAAUUUAAACAGUAAAAUGUAAAAAAAAAAAAAAAAAAUCAGUUGCUUUGACUCUGUUGCAUCAUGAAUUAACCUGCACAGACACAGUGACACUUUGUCCCCUCGGGGUGUUAGUGGAUAUAGGGAUUUAUGACCCUGGGGGAGGCUACAAGGCAGCAGCGCUUCUUUAUGUGAGGAAUUUGAGAGGCCAAAUGUGCAUAUUACAUAUAUAUAUGUGUGUAUAUAUAUACACACACACAGUUUUAUAUAUAUAUAUGAAACGAAAUCCCUGUAAAUUCCCAUUGCACUGCACGUGGUGGCUGGAUGGGACUUUGAGGUUGUGAAGAUGUGGGGUUUGGGCUACCCUCCCUUGGGGUGCGCAGUGCAGAGUCUGUGACCCAAAACGCCAACCUAGUUUUACUUCGUGGUAGGGAGCAGAGCCCCUGCACACGGCCCAGCUCUAAACCCCCUAUUUUAGAGAUGUCAGGCUCAAAAUCAUCAUUGUUUAUGUUCUUUUAGUUUGGAGAAGACGGUCCUGUUGGAUGUCUUGGAGGGUGACACUGAAAGGCAAAUGGGGUGUGUGGGUGUGUGCCUAUUUCUUGGGUCCCUCACAGCUGCUGAGGAUGAGGAUGCUGUGAAGGGGAGCCCACACGUCUGAAGAAGGCUGGUGCCAACCUGGCUCCAAGAGCCACUUUCUCUGACCUGCUUGAAGGAGGGAGUUUCAACUCGUGAGUUUCAUGGUUUGGGGGUUUUUUUGGUCCUGUUGGGACUGCACAAAGGGCCCUAGCUGUUGGGGAGUGGCAGAAGUCAGGCCGUUUCAUGAUUUAAUGAGCUGGGCAUGGCAAUUACCAAGGCCACCCAAAAUCACCAUCUUUUGGAAAAACAUGGGCUUAAUCUUUUGAGCUUGCAUUAAAAAAAAAAAAAAUACCCUCCCAGCUUAAUCUUUUAAAUGCUGCUUUUCUUAGCUGCUUCCCUAAUCUUCUUCAUUCCAUUUUUUCCUAUUUAAUAGUCUGAAGUUCUAUAAUACAAUUUUUUUAUUCACUCAAGCUUAACCUCGCUUCGCUCAGCUGGUGUUAAGUUGUAAUCCCGGCACUUAAAUCCGUUACAGUUCCAGAAUUGAGGAAGGGUGGAAAUGGCAGGGCGAGAGGAAGCUGGGCAGUGCUUUCCCUAGCAGUAAUUAAAAGUACAAGAUGACCACAUGCAAAAAAAAAAAAGGUGAAGGCAAGUAAACUGUUUAUCAGAAGUGGCCAAAGUCUCAAUUCAUUGUAUGUCUGCUGCUUCCAUGCAUUUGCUGUAUUGCUGUCUGCCUGGAGAGGGGAUGUGAGCCCAAGGAGACUCUCUUUUGGGCUUGGAGCCCACCUUUUUUCUGGCGAUAAAUCAUGAUGGAGCCUUUCGUGUCACCUCAGCUCCCCAGAAGCAUCAGGUUAGUUGUUGGAGUUGAUGUUUGGAAGAAAAAAAAGCCUUGUCUUGCUGGAGGAUGGCUGAAUAUGUGCCUCCUUUGCAGGGUAGGGGGUGGUAGGAUGAAGCUGAGUGUAGACUGGGUUUAUUUGGAAAAGCCCAGCUCCAAAAAUAUUGCAAAUACCGUUGGCUCUCUAUUACCAGAGCAAUGGGGGUGGGCAAACCCCCGAUGAAACCCAGGUGCCUGAUGCUGCCAGGGUCUGUAAGGGGGUUGUGGUGGGGGGGCUAUAGCGUGGGCAUCCCUGAAGCUGUGCAUGGCGCCGUGGGAAAGCGGCGUGUUGCAGCUCCCGUCCCCGUGCCGGGCGGUGGUGCUGAGCCCGCGGCUGUGCUGAGGGUGGCCGAAGGCAGAUGGUGGGCAGCGGGGCGCAGCUGCUCCCUCCAGCAGGCGCUUCUGCAUGGGCGCGCGUCUCGCCGCGCUCUGGGGCUUUUGAGGGAUUCCUGGUGUGAAGACGGAUGGGGAAGAGGCGAGAAAGCACAGGGGAGAGGAACGAAAGCAUCUUUUCUCAGCUGUUGAUUUGGCCGCAGAGCAGGUUUUUAGGAAAAUUAACUCCUAUGGUAGCUUGAGCAUCUCCUGCAUCAUCCCCUCCCAAAGCCUGCCAGAUUUGGAUCAUCUCCCCCUGCACAAAUUCAGCUCCCUCCCCAGCCUGUGCGUAUCCCUUGUAGUGAUAUCAUCCAUGAACAGCUGCAGUCUCCCAGCUGGGGCAGUGCCCAGAUGUGCUCAUCCUUCCAGCUGUGUGCCCCGAGGACGUGGGCAGCCAUGUGGGCUUUUCCACUUGCUUUUCCAUUUCUUUUCUGCACGCCUCUGUGUGUGUGUGUCUGUGUGUCUGUAAUACACUGGAGCUGAAGGAAGACUCUUUGCUAGGCCAGUUUCAUCAUUUUAGGAGAGCUGCAAUUGCAAGGCGUGAAAGGGGGCAUCGGCUUCUCUCCCAGCUGUGCUGGUUUUCAGUCUCUCUAUGUGGUGAUUUUGCAGCAUCCAGUGCCUUGGAGGAGAAUGAUGAAGUAGCCAGUGACUCCUGGGCCACAUAAAUAAGGAGGAGGGGGAGGAGGGGGUUCAAAGGGAGUGCAGGACCAGAAAAUAUGUGUGAGACCCCAAAAGAGGGACUGGAAGCAGGAGGAUAGGAAAGGCAGGAGAUGGAGUUGGACCUAGGUUUUGCAGGGCUGGGAGUGAGUUGUCCCUUUCCUCAAAAAAAAAAAAAAACCAAAAGCAAAAACCCACCUCUUUGAUUUUGGACCUUUCAAAAAGAAGCAGGAGGACCCUGCGCCGGCGGGGACCCCACUGCAGGGAAGGCGAUGGAGCUGGGCUGGAUGUGUGCUGAGGUGUGCAGGUUUGCCUCCAAAUUUCCCAUUCCCUCCUCAUUUUGCCUGGUGGGUGCUGAAGGUCCCUGUGCAGGAGCUGAUUUGCUCCAUGUGAGCUCCUGCCCCUCAGACUCAUAAUUCAGAGCUAUCCGACCCCUGCCAUGACUCACCGGCGUGGAGGCUUUAAUGGAAACAAAACCAUUAGCUAAAAACAAGAAUGGAAAUUUUAAUUAUUUAUUUUUCCCCCCUCAACCACCCUUUUUAUGAUUAUAAGCAUUUCUGGGCUUGGAGGUUUUCUGCGAGGCUCUGGCAGCUCCUAAAGUGACAUUGAAUUUUCAACACUGAAAGGUUUAUUGGAAUAACUGGCGUCUCUCUGGGCGCCUUGCCAGCUGCUCGGCCGGGCUGGAGGCCACGGCGACAGGGAUGGGUGUGGUGUGUGUGUAUGUAUGUAUAUAUAUGUGUAUGUAAUUAAUAUAUAUGUAUAUAUGUAUAUACGCAUGUGUGCAAAGCACGCACGCGUGCGCAGGUUCAAUGCAAGCUCUGCACCCAACGAGGAGGAGGGGGGGUUUAUCAGCCAGUGUCGGGCUGGACUCUGCAGCCCUUGGACCCCGUCCUCUGCUGGGGGCUGCAGGAUUUGGCCCCGCGCUGCUGGCUCCUUCCUUCCUCCCUGCUCUUUGCCCUGUCCUAGAAGGGCCUGAUCCUGGCCGGCACUGGGUUGGGGUCUGCCAGGGUUGGGGGAAAGGAGCCUUUUGCCGACCGCCACAUCACCGGCAGAGCCGAAGUGAAGCCCAGGGGGGUGGCGAGGCAGCCAAAGGCCCACCAAGGCUCCGCAUUCGCUCCGGGUUGUCCCACGUACCUUGUGCCUGCAGCUCCGCGGACGCAUCCACGCCCAGUCUCUAUAGAGAAGUCUCAGUCUGGAGCGUACAAACUUUCGUGGGUGAGGGUUUUUUUGUUUUGUUUUGUUUUGUUUUAACUAUUUUUUUUAUUUUUGGGAAAAAGUCACCCUAGGAGACACCUGUGUGAUGCCCAGAUGUUUUUUUUCACCCCACAUUCCAGACAGCUCAUCCACCGCAUCUCCAAAGACCUCAAGGGUACCAGUGACUUUAUGUGCAUAAGCUACCCCUGUUCUGGGUUCCCCUGGUCUAAGUCAUAGAAGUACAGCUGACAAUCAAACCAGACAGCACUGCUGACUUUAGAAAAAUAUAUAUCCAUUGCAGUUUGAUAGAACUACUUUUUAAAAUCACAUGCUUAUCUUUCAAUAACGCUCACCGCCAUGUCUCCGGGAUAAAUGGCCACCCAUUGGUUCUUCUGUAAAUAAACAUGAAACAUUCUUGUAUAAACUAGAAAACGAACAAAAAACAAUCCAUUGAUAUAUGUCCAAAAAAGUAUCCCUUUCCAGAAGAUUUAAAUAAUUCAAAGAAAAAGAAAAGCCCAACGAGUGAGCCCCACUUCGCUUUUUCUUUGGACCUGAUUUAAAUUCCCAAUAGGAGAACGAAAAACAUUUAACAGUAGAAGAAACUACAAGUGUUUUACCUUUCAAUGAAUAUGGGAGGGAAAAAAAUGCAUGUAAAUAUUUUUAAUAGGAAACCUAUCUUAAACAGAAUUUUUUUUGUAUGUACAUAACUCUUCUAGAGUUUAGUACUUAAAUUGCUUCAUAGUGUCUGUUAAAAAAAACAAAAAUAAAAUAAAAUGUUUGUUAAUUGUUUUUGUUCUUACUCAAUGGCCAAAACUUUAAAAAUAAUAAAAAAGACUAUAAAAAUAAUCUUUGCCAAUGGAUCUAGCACUGUAAUGGUACUGUCUAUUUUUUUUAAUUAUUUCUGUGCUGUGCCCAUUUAUAAAAGGAGAAAAAAGAAAUAAAGUCAUUUAAACAUUGUC